AAGUCAUCAUCCAUCCACCUCCCGCCCGCCACGUCCACUUUCCCAAUUCCUCUACCGCACUCGAAACCCUAGUUUUCUCGCACGAGGCCUGCUGGGCUCGCUCCCGUUCCGCCGCUCUCUCUCGCACUCACCCUGCAAUAGAUCGAGAAGAUUAGGUGGAUUUCUUUGCUAGAUCGACAACGCAUCAACAUGCUAAUAGCGCCGAAGUUUCGAAGUCCACGAAGAUAGCAGAAGGAUGAUUAAUCAACUGAAAGAGUUUCUUAGAGUUGAUGGUUCUUGAUUCGCUGAAGUAAUGCUGGGAUAAUCACAUUUUGCAGUUAUCCUCGCAUCAAAUAAGAACUAUCCUAGCACUUGAGCCAUGACUACUACAUUUUGACUGAAAACUCUGAACUAUCCCAGCACUUGAGUUGUGACUAAUAUAUUUUGACUGCAAACUCAGUUGUUUAUCAGUGCACCACUCAGAAGCAUAAGAGUCGGAUUUCUUCUAUGUUAGUAAAAUGACUGAGAACGGAAGACGACGGAUUUCCAAAUGGGAUGUGAUAACUGAACCUAACUCUCCAGGUGAAAUUGCACAAAAUAGUGACUUUUUAAAAACGGAAGAUAUUUCUAAGAAAUCGGAAUCACAAACGGGUCUGAGAUCUAUAAGUCAUGAUGACAAACAAUUUCCUACACGACCUAAUAUGAAAAGCGAUGAUACUUUUAGAAGAGAUAUUUCCCAGGAAGAUGAGAAUAAGAGACCAUCUGAAGGUUUUUCUCACAAGAAUGAACCUCUGAAUUGGGUUGACAUGGAACAAGAUGAAGCAAAAUACCCAUUUAAUAAACCAGAUUAUGAAAGGCUAACAGUAAAAGAAAUGGAAAUCAGUAGAGUGAUGGGCGACCAGGAUUUAACUUCCAAUCAGAAACAUAGUUCAGUCAUGUCUGCUGGUUUCACUGAAUGGAGGCGUCAUAGUCAUAAUAUCUCUCCUAGGGUUGGGAGGACUAGGUCAGGCAGAAGCAGGAGCAGGAGUUGGAGCAGGAGCAGGAGCAGGAGCAGGAGUUGGAGCAGGGGCAGAAGCCGUAGCAGGAGUCGAAGUAACAGUCACAACCGCAGUCGUAGCCCUUUUUACCAUAGGGGUGGGUCCGAAAGAUCAUCUGGUAGAGGAAUUAGACUGGGAGGGCAGGCUCCAACUUGUAGAGAUUUUGCAGUUGGUCAUUGUAGGAGAGGCAGCCAAUGCAGGUUCCUUCAUGAUAAUGGUGGUCGUGGGGAGUUUGAGAGGUAUAAAACUCAUUCAAGAGAAAUUAAUCUUGAAAGGGGAAGUUAUCCUGGAGAGAGGGAUGAAAUUGAUUGCUCACGAAAUAAACCCUUACAUAGGCAAAGGAGUCACUAUGACAGAGAGAGGGAGAGACCUGAGUUACAUGGAGAUAGCAGGUCCACCGAGCUGUGUUUUGAUUUUACUAAAGGCAGAUGCCACAGAGGUUCAUCAUGCCGUUAUCUUCAUCAUGAGGCUUCUUCUCAUGGUGGAUGGAGUGUGAAGGAUGAAACCAGAGAUGAUAACUAUAAUAGAAGGGGUACAGAUGCAUCUAGCGAGAGGACUGAACCUCACAGGGUGAAUGAUGCGCCAUGCAAGUUUUUUGCUGAGGGGCGUUGUCGCCGUGGCCACACAUGCAAGUUUUCACAUCAGGCUGAUAUUGUAGAAGCCAAGCUGCAUGCUAGAAGAUGGGAUUAUGACCAAGAUACUGGUGAUAGUUUAUCAAAAGCUGCGUCAAACUUUGGCAAUCCAAAAAUUGACAUGGAUUCAAGCUCUCAUUGGGAUCAUGGUAAUGAUGGUGGUGGUUCUGUUGCCUGUCAAUCUAUAGAGGGGGAAAAUUCUAAACAAAAGCAUCAGCAUGAGCAACCACAUGUAGGCUCUCCAACCUUACAUCAGGAAGUUGAUCUAAAACCUGAUUCUCAAAUACAGAUUCACGGAGUCUCUGGGAAGCAUGAGCAGGCCAAAAAUAUUGAUAUGAAACAGAAUCCUGGCAGCAAUGAGAUGUUACCCAAGGAAGGUGGGAGUAUAAUCUCUGACUGGGGUGCAGGAAAAGCAGAUAUUAAUUCUGUGACUUCAGUUAUCGGACAGAGUUUUGCUCAGAGUAGACCAAGUAAAUUCAUAGCUCCUCAGCAAAUGCAUCCACAAACCUUUGCCCCUGGUACCCAGAAUCCUAAGGUUGCUCCACUGUCCAUGAAUGAGCAAAUACACCAAGUUUAUCCAGUGCCCCUAGAUGGGCAAAGUCAGUUUGUUGUUCCACUGACUCCUUCAGAUGCACAACAUUUAAAUCUUACCAUGCACGGUCAGUCUGGACUAUCUCUGCCACAUCCCAUAAAGAACCAGCAUAUUGCUCCUCAUAACACACAAAGCCAACAAAACUUAAAUCUGAGUGCGCAAACUACUCAGUUCCUUCUAUCGCCUAUGAUUGGGAAAAGCCUGCACAAUGUGCAACCCAGUGUUCAUAUUCAUGCAAAUAAUUUGCCUCUUAAUGGACUGAGCACUGCCAACAUUGGUUUUCCUGGCCAGAGUCUCCAGAAUCCUGCUCUACCGCUGACUGUCCAUACUCAAGAGAAUCCCCACAUGUUUGCUACACCAAAGCAAAAUCCUUCCAUGGAGUCUCCAUCAGGCAACAUCUUUAAAUCAGAUAAUGAUCAGACAAGCUCACAAAAGAUACCUGGGAAAGCAGGUGCAUCUGAAAUGGAACAAUCUCCAAUUAGUCCUGCUCAAGUCAUCUCUAACAAAGUAGUAACUAGUGAGCAGGCAGCACGGAUUACUGACCUUUCAGCAUCUUUAGCACGUUUCUUUGGAAAUGCUCCUCUAAAUGUCAGUACCUUCGGAAUGCCACUGUCACAACAUUCAAGCUCAAGCUCUGCUGUGCUCCCUGCAACAGCUGUAGUAGCACCACCUAUUCAACCCAUACAAGAUGGUGCCAUUUCUGGUAAUUUAGUACCUGCUAAGCUUGAGAUCACUAACCUUGUUGAUCCUAAAAUGGAAAGCCAUGUGUCUGGUACAGACCCUCUUGGUAAGAUCAAAAACAAUGAUACCAAGCCGAUUGAGCUGGGUGAUCCUACAAAAGGAAAUGGAACGGGAAUGAGAGAACAGGGGAAGAACGAGGAUAAAGCUCAUUUGGAGGAUGGAGAUGCUGGUGGUGAUGGAGAUAACAGACAAAGCAAGGACGCAAAAGGAAAUAAGAUGUUUAAAUUUGCUCUUGUGGAGUUUGUGAAGGAUCUAUUGAAGCCUGCAUGGAAGGAAGGCCAAUUGAACAGAGAAGCUCACAAGACGAUAGUUAAGAAAGUAGUAGAUAAAGUGACUGGUUCAGUGCAAAGCCCUAAUAUACCUCAGACACAGGAGAAAAUUGAUAUUUAUUUGGCUCACUCGAAACCUAAACUCAGCAAACUGGUGCAGGCUUAUGUAGAGAAGUAUGUGAAAAACUAAGGAUAGAGCCAUACUAAAGCUCCGUUCUGUUAGAUCGGUACUGUGAUUUGUACUCCGAGGAGAUCACAUUAAAAUCGCACCUCUUCCAGCUCUUCGAUUCUUGCGUGUUUUCAAACUGUUUGGCUUUGUGGUGCAGUACGUUAGUCGUCAAAUUGUAUGCUAUUACUCUGAUGUGGUGUACGCGUUUCGACAUAUAACGGGUGCCAAUAUUUAUGCCUUUUUAUUCA